AUGUUUGGAGAACACAAAGAGAAGCCGUACAAGGGUCAACAUUACGGAAAGCUGCGAAGGCGGUGUCUGCGCAAAAGGAAAUUAUUUAUAGAUGGCGAAUUUCCUCCCACGGGUUCCUCACUGUUCUUUAGUCGACCAGCGCCUGCAGAUAUAGUGUGGAAAAGGCCAAAGGAUAUUGUGGCAGAUCCGAAGUUCUUCAUAGACAAAGCCAGUGCAGAUGAUUUCUCUCAGGGCAGCCUGGGAAAUUGCUGGUUUGUAGCUGCUUGCGCUUGCAUUGCCGAGGACAGCAUUCUGUGGAAGAAGGUGGUACCAGAUUACAGGGAACAAGUAUUUACUCCAGAUUCCAGAUAUGCAGGCAUAUUUCAUUUCAAGUUCUGGAGAUGUGGCACCUGGGUUGACGUUGUCAUUGAUGACUAUCUACCGACCAGAAAUGGCCGACUGAUCUUCACCCACUCCAAGACCAGAAAUGAAUUCUGGUCAGCUUUGUUGGAGAAAGCCUACGCCAAGCUGUUUGGAUGUUACGAGGCCUUGACUGCUGGCAAGGCUAGGGAUGCCAUGGUAGACAUGACCGGUGGGGUCGGCGAAGGACUGGAGGUUGCUGAGUUCAGAACGGAACAGUCUAAAGAUAAAUUGUUUGAAAUUUUACACAAGGCCAAAUCCAAGAUGUCCCUCAUGUGUGCGAACAUUCAGGCCAGGACUGCUGCUGAAAUGGAAACCAAACUAAGCAUUGGUUUGGUUAGAGGUCAUGCGUACAGUAUUACUGAUGUUCGGAAGAUACCGUUGAAAGGCACUGGUCUCUUCAGUCUGUUUAAUAGAGAUAAAAUCCACAUGGUGAGACUGAGAAAUCCGUGGGGUGGUGUCGAGUGGAGGGGAGCAUGGAGUGAUGGAUCACCGGAAUGGAAAAAAGUGAGCGAGUCAGAGAAAAAGGAAUUGGGGCUGACCUUUGAUGAGAAUGGGGAGUUCUGGAUGGCAUUUGAAGAUUUCUGUCGAUAUUUCACUCACAUCGACAUCUGCCACAUGAUGAACACAUCAUUCUUCACACUCAAACGGACAUGGAAGGAGAGCGUCUGUACUGGAGAAUGGAGAAGAGGUCACACAGCAGGAGGAUGUGGUAACCAUCAGUCUUUCUUACAAAACCCACAGUACCUUCUAGAGCUUUUUGAAGAUGAAGAUGAGCUGAUGGUCUCACUUGAACAAGAAGACCGCCGAUCUUCCAACUUUAGAACAAGAGGAGAAAAUUAUUGUAUUGGGUUUACAAUUAUCAAAACAGACUUAAACAGAAAGUACCGAAUGCAUGACCGAAUGGACCGAGUCCACGCAGGCCCAUUUGUCCAAGCUCGCAGUAUUCUUUCUCGACUGGAGUUGAAAAAAGGUCGAUACUGUCUAAUACCUUCAACCUUUGACCCAGGUUUUGAGGGUCAGUAUUUGUUGCGGUUGUACAGUGAUGGUGGAUUAAUAUUGAAAGAAAUGAGCAAAGAUGUGCCAAGUCCCCCAAGAUUCUUCAUGAAGCCAAAGGUUGCAGCCACUUCCAUUUGUGUUCAUGCCAUAGAAGGAUUCAAACUUCCAGAGGGAGAGACUGGUAUAGAGGCUUAUUGCAUCUUGAAGUGUGAGAACCAGGAGAUUAGGACUCCAACAACAAAGAAAUCUGGCAAGCCUGAGUGGAAGGACAGAGUGACUUUCUACCGGAAAAGACCCAAUGAAGAUAUUGUUAUAGAA